UUCCUUGGGGCCAUUCUGUGCCACAGGGGCCACUCAGGAUGGGCACAGGGAGGGGGCUUCUGGACCUUCUUCAGACCCUGGUAAUUGUAGUCUGCAUAACACACCAGGCAGAGACCCAGGAGGCUGGGGCGAUUUAUGGGGACCUGCCAGAAUACUCUCAGCCAGACUAUGACUACUUUAAGACCUUGCCUGAGCCCCGUCCUACAUCGCGAAUGACUUUCAUCUCCACAGGCACCAUCACCCCCUAUGCAAGUGCCUUGAACCCUUCACACAGUGGCCAAGUGUGCAGCACGUGGGGCAGCUUCCAUUACAAGACCUUUGAUGGGGACAUCUUCCAGUUCCCUGGCCUGUGUAACUAUGUCUUUGCCUCGCAUUGCCAAGCUGCUUAUGAGGAUUUUAAUAUCCAGAUCCGGCAUUCCCUGGUUGGGGAGACCCCCACCAUCAGCCGCAUCCUCAUCAAGACAGAAGGGGUGGUCUUAGAGCUGUCUCCUGGAUCCGUCCUGAUCAAUGGGCAGCGGGAGCAGCUGCCCUACAGCCGCUCUGGGUUCACUGUGGAGGCAAGUAGCACCUACGUCCAGGUGAGCGUGAGGAUGGUUCUGACCUUCAUGUGGAACGGCAAUGACAGUGCCCUGCUGGAACUGGACACAAAAUACGCCAACCAGACCUGUGGGCUCUGUGGGGACUUCAACGGCCUUUCUACAUUCAAUGAAUUCUACUCCAACAAUGUCUGGCUGACCUCCUGGCAGUUCGGGAACCUACAGAAACUAGACGGGCCCACAGAGCAGUGUUGGGAUCCCAUGUCUUCCCCAGCAAGCAACUGCAAAGAUGAGGAGAGCAGCUGCCUCAGGGUCCUGACUGGCCUGGCUUUCAGCAGCUGCAACCAGCUGGUGGACCCCAAGCCCUACAUAGAGGCCUGUGUACAAGACCUAUGUGGAUGCAAAGAAGCUAACCGCUCUUCCUGUAUGUGUGCCACCUUCUCCGAGUACUCGAGGCAGUGUGCCCAUGCAGGCGGGCAGCCACUUAACUGGAGGAGCCAGGACCUGUGCUACAAGGCGUGCCCCUCCAACAUGCAGUACCACGAGUGUGGCUCCCCUUGUGCGGACACCUGUUCCAAUCCUGAGCGGUCCCAGCUCUGCGAGGAGCACUGCACGGAUGGCUGCUUCUGCCCCCCAGGGACCGUCCUGGAUGACGUUCAGGGCUGGAGCUGUGUAACCCAGGACCAAUGUCACUGCACCCACAACGGCCAGACCUACAAGCCUGGAGCCUCCUUCUCUACGCGCUGCAGCUCCUGUACUUGCCUUUCUGGUCUCUGGCAAUGUGAGGAGCUGCCGUGCCCAGGCACCUGCUCCGUGGAAGGCGGGUCCCACAUCACCACCUUUGACCAGAAGCAUUACAACAUUCACGGGGACUGCAGCUAUGUCUUGUCCAAGAAGUGUGAGGACACCACCUUCGCCAUCCUGGGGGAGCUGCGCCGGUGCGGUAUGACAGACAAUGAAAACUGCCUCCAGUCAGUGACCUUGAACCUGAAUGGAGGAGAGACAGUCAUCAGGAUCCAGCCCAAUGGGGGCGUGCUUGUAAACUCCAUCUACACACAGUUACCCAUCUCUGCAGCCAACAUCGCCAUAUUCCAGCCCUCGACAUACUUCAUCUUGGUCCACGCCACCUUCGGCCUGCUCUUGCAGAUACAGCUGGUGCCCUUCAUGCAAUUGUCCCUGCGUCUGGAUCCCUCCUUCCGCAGCCAGAUGUGUGGCCUCUGCGGAAACUUCAACCAGAACCAGGCGGAUGAUUUCACAGCCCUCAGUGGGGUGGUGGAAGGGACAGGGGCAGCCUUUGCCAACACCUGGAAGACCCAGGCCGACUGCACCAACAUCAAAAACAGCUUUGAGAACCCGUGCUCUCUCAGUGUAGAAAAUGAAAACUAUGCUCAGCAUUGGUGCUCCCUACUCACGGACCCUGGAGCCACUUUCUCCCAAUGCCACGUGUUCGUGAACCCUGAGCCUUACUACAAGAACUGCAUGUUUGACACGUGCAAUUGUGAGAAGAGUGAGGACUGUCUGUGUGCGGCACUAUCCUCCUACGUGCAAGCCUGUGCUGCCCAGGGAGUGCUGCUGAGUGGCUGGAGGGCUGGGGUCUGCACCAAAUACAUGGACAGCUGCCCGAGCUCCCUGAAUUACAGCUACGUGGUGGAGUCAUGCCAGCCAACCUGCCGCUCCCUAAGUGAGACUGAUGCCACCUGCAGCAUCCGCUUCAGCCCUGUGGAUGGCUGUGUCUGCCCCCACGGGACCCACCUCAAUGACGCAGGCCAGUGUGUGCCUGCCACCCAGUGCCCCUGCUACUACAAGGGCACCAUAGUGGCGCUGGGAGAGACCGUGCAGGAGAAUGGCGCAGUGUGUUCUUGCACCAGUGGGAAGCUGAGCUGCUUUGGAGGCAUGGAUUCAAACCCAGUCUGCAUGGCUCCCAUGAUCUACUUGGACUGCAGCAACGCCUCAGCAGGAGCUCUGGGAGCCCAGUGCCAGAAGAGCUGCGAUACUUUGGACAUGGCCUGUUACAACACCCAGUGUGUGUCCGGCUGCAUCUGUCCCAGCAGUCUGGUGAAGGACGGAAACAUCUGUGUCAAGGAGGAAGACUGUCCUUGUGUUCACAAUGAGGCUACCUACAAAUCGGGGGAAGCCAUCCAAGUGGACUGUAACAAGUGCACCUGCAAGAACCGGAGGUGGGAGUGCACCCAAGCCCCGUGCCUGGGCACGUGCGCAGUCUAUGGAGAUGGGCACUUCAUCACCUUUGACAGUGAGCGCUACAGCUUUGAGGGGAAUUGCGAGUACACCCUGGCCCAGGACUACUGUGGAGGAAACACCACCAUAAACGGGACCUUCCGUGUGAUCACAGAGAACAUCCCUUGUGGAACCACGGGCGUCACCUGCUCCAAAGCCAUCAAAGUGUUUCUCAAGGGAACUGAACUGAUAUUCAAUGAGGGCAUUGUGAAAAUGGUGAAGAGAGGGCCAGGCAAGGAGGUCCCAUACAAGAUCCACUCCAGAGGCAACUACAUGGUCCUGGAGACCCAAGUGGGGAUGGUUCUGAUGUGGGACCGGAAAACCAGCAUCUUCAUUAAGUUACACCAGCACUAUAAGGGGAAGGUCUGCGGCCUCUGCGGGAAUUAUGACGGUAACAGCAUGAAUGACUUCACCACCAGGAGCCUCUCGGUGGUGGGCGACGUGCAGGAAUUCGGGACCAGCUGGAAGAUGUCCCCCUCCUGCCCGGACGCCGGCCCCACCAGGGACCCCUGCACCGCCAACCCUUACCGCAAGGCUUGGGCCCAGAAGCAGUGCAGCAUCAUCAACAGUGCCAUCUUUGCCACCUGCCGCUCCCAGGUGGACUCUACCAAAUACUAUGAGGCCUGUGUGUCAGACGCUUGUGCCUGUGACUCUGGGGGAGACUGUGAGUGCUUCUGUACAGCAGUGGCAGCCUACGCCCAAGCCUGCAAUGAUGUGGGCGUCUGUGUCUCCUGGAGAAGGCCAGACAUUUGUCCCAUGUUCUGUGACUUCUACAACCCCCACGGGGAGUGUGACUGGCACUACCAGCCAUGUGGGGCACCUUGUCUGAAGACCUGUCGCAACCCGAGUGGGAAGUGCUUGGUGAACUUACCUGGUUUAGAAGGCUGCUACCCAAAUUGCCCGGCCAAGAAGCCUUUCUUCAGUGAAAGCCAGAUGAAGUGUGUUGAACAAUGUGGCUGCUAUGAUGAGGAUGGGCACUAUUACGAAGUGGGAGACAAAGUCGUGAGCCAAGCCAACUGCCAGAGCUGUAACUGUACCAUAAGCGGCAUACAGUGCACCCCAGACCAAAAUGAGUGCACUUGCACAUAUGAGGGUCACAAGUACCAUAGACACGAGGUUAUCUACAAUACCACGGACGGCCUGGGAGCCUGCCUCAUUGCCAUCUGCGGAGACAAUGGGGAGAUCAAGCGCAUUUCCAAAGAAUGUCCCAUGAUGCCCUCCACCAUGGCACCAUUCACCUUCACUACCAGCAGGACGCCAGAGUCCACAGCAGGGCCUGCCACCACCAUCUCAGCCACUUCCACAGUGUGUGUGCGAGAAGCUUGCGAAUGGUCUGACUGGUAUGACAUCAGCACACCAAGUGCAGGGCUCGACAGUGGAGACUUUGAGACAUUUGAGGACCUACGGCUAAAUGGAUACCAACUCUGCUCCACAGCCCGUGAUGUGGAGUGUAGGGCCCAGGCAUUUCCUGGUAUCUCACUAGGAGAAGUGGGACAGAAGGUGGAGUGCAGCCUAUCCCAUGGGCUGCUAUGCUAUAAUGCAGAGCAGAACCCACCUUUGUGCCACAAUUAUGAGAUCCGAGUAUUGUGCUGCAGCUAUGUGCCUUGUGGCAGGUCCACAGCCGUGAAGACCAGUACACCUAUCACCAGAUCCAUUACCACGGCUAAAGCUUCCACAAUGCUCCCCCAAACAUUAUCAACCUUGACCUCACAGAUGUCAUCCAUACCCACGAGGAUCAGUACUCCCAAUGUGACCUGCCAGCCCCGAUGCCAGUGGACACAGUGGUUUGAUACAGAUUACCCCAAGUCAGAAAAAAUUGGUGGAGACAUUGAAACAUAUGAUAAGAUCAGGAAGACAGAAAAGGACUUUUGUCAGGAACCUCAGGGCAUUGAAUGCGAGGCAGAGAACUACCCUGACAUGACUAUUGAGGAGGUAGGACAGGUUGUCCAAUGUGAUGUUCGCUUUGGCUUGAUCUGCAGAAAUGAGGAACAAAAAGGUUUGUUCAAAAUGUGUAAUAACUACAAGAUCAGGGUCCUGUGUUGUGAUGACAGCCAUUGCCAUGGAAGGACCUCAGUCAUACCACCAGCAACAAUGCUGCCAUUCACCACGAGCCUGGGGACUGGGACCACAGGACAGACAUCCCUCACCUCUACAAGGCUGGUGACAGAGAGCAGCCGAGCCGCCACUGCUACCCAAGAGUCCACACCAAGCACUCUUCUGUCCACACAUUCCUCUCCAAGGACUACAGCCAAGGUGACCACCACAUCUCUAUCUACAUCCCCUUCAGUCCCCCACCCACACACCGCUGCCAUCCUCAGCACAGCAAGGACCUCAGCAGUGUCCAUAUCAACACCGUUGCCUACCGAGACCAAGACGGUGGAGGUGACAAGAGCAGCUACUGCCAGCCCAAGGCAGACCACAGUCAAGACAAGUUCUCCUCCCAUCCAUUCAUCCACAGAAGCAAUACAGACAACACAAAGACCGCCCCAGACUCCAAAGACUCCAUCAUUACUCACUACAAGGCUGGUGACAGAGAGCAGCCCAGCCGCCACUGCUACCCAAGAGUCCACACCAAGCACUCUUCUGUCCACACAUUCCUCUCCAAGGACUACAGCCAAGGUGACCACCACAUCUCUAUCUACAUCCCCUUCAGUCCCCCACCCACACACCGCUGCCAUCCUCAGCACAGCAAGGACCUCAGCAGUGUCCAUAUCAACACCGUUGCCUACCGAGACCAAGACGGUGGAGGUGACAAGAGCAGCUACUGCCAGCCCAAGGCAGACCACAGUCAAGACAAGUUCUCCUCCCAUCCAUUCAUCCACAGAAGCAAUACAGACAACACAAAGACCGCCCCAGACUCCAAAGACUCCAUCAUUACUCACUACAAGGCUGGUGACAGAGAGCAGCCCAGCCGCCACUGCUACCCAAGAGUCCACACCAAGCACUCUUCUGUCCACACAUUCCUCUCCAAGAACUACAGCCAAGGUGACCACCACAUCUCUAUCUACAUCCCCUUCAGUCCCCCACCCACACACCGCUGCCAUCCUCAGCACAGCAAGGACCUCAGCAGUGUCCAUAUCAACACCGUUGCCUACCGCGACCAAGACGGUGGAGGUGACAAGAGCAGCUACUGCCAGCCCAAGGCAGACCACAGUCAAGACAAUCCCCCACCCACACACCGCUGCCAUCCUCAGCACAGCAAGGACCUCAGCAGUGUCCAUAUCAACACCGUUGCCUACCGCGACCAAGACGGUGGAGGUGACAAGAGCAGCUACUGCCAGCCCAAGGCAGACCACAGUCAAGACAAGUUCUCCUCCCAUCCAUUCAUCCACAGAAGCAAUACAGACAACACAAAGACCCCAGACUCCAAAGACUCCAUCAUUACUCACUACAAGGCUGGUGACAGAGAGCAGCCGAGCCGCCACUGCUACCCAAGAGUCCACACCAAGCACUCUUCUGUCCACACAUUCCUCUCCAAGGACUACAGCCAAGGUGACCACCACAUCUCUAUCUACAUCCCCUUCAGUCCCCCACCCACACACCGCUGCCAUCCUCAGCACAGCAAGGACCUCAGCAGUGUCCAUAUCAACACCGUUGCCUACCGAGACCAAGACGGUGGAGGUGACAAGAGCAGCUACUGCCAGCCCAAGGCAGACCACAGUCAAGACAAGUUCUCCUCCCAUCCAUUCAUCCACGGAAGCAACACAGAAAACAAAAUCACAAUCUCCAAACCCAGCGAUUUCAGCAGCAACAACACAGCUGAUCACACCUUUGGGGUCACAGACUACCACACUAGGUCCUCCUGGCCCCACCUCAACAAUUUCAACCAUCUCACAUGUCACAACCCUAGUCUCUACUCCCUGUCAACCAAAGUGUGAGUGGACGGAAUGGUUUGAUAUGGACUUCCCAGUUUCUGGAAUCAGUGGGGGAGACAUUGAAACAUAUGAUAAUAUCAGGAAAGCAGGAGGAACGAUUUGCCAACAACCCCAAAAACUUGAGUGCCGUGCUGAAAAUUAUCCUGAAGUGAGCAUUGACCAGAUUGGACAGAUUCUGCAGUGCAGCCUGAAAUUUGGCCUGAUUUGCCGAAAUGAAGAUCAAAAGGGGACAUUCAACAUGUGCUUUAAUUACAACAUCCGUGUACUGUGUUGUGAUGACUACACGCACUGCCCUUCCACAGUUGCAGGUAUGACAAGUCAAACAGGCUCCCCCUUUCAAUCAACCUCCAAGGCAACAAAACCAACACAGACUGCAUCAACACCACAGAGCACAAUUCCAGACUUUAUCAUGUCCACAUCAACACUAGCUACAGCUACAAAGGAGGCCAUUUCAACUCCCCAAAGUGUUUCUGUGACAGUCAAAAACAUAACGCACACUUCCUCAGGAUCUCUGGGCAUAACUUGGAAGUUUACUAGUUCCAAGCCCUUGACAGCCCCACAAACUCUCCUGGCCACCUCUGGCCAAUCCACAACAGUAGGAACUUUCCCUCUGGAGUCUACCACAGCAAGGCCAAACACCCUCCAAACCUCUGGGGCUACUAAGGUCACCAAGGUGCCAAAGACAGCUCCUAGGUCUCUGAGCACAAGCUCAUCAUUUGGAACCACCUCCACUAGCCAAACAACAGCUUUCAGCCCUAUUACUUCAGGCACAACCACGGCCACAUCAGCCACAGAGUGCCAGCCUAGGUGUGUGUGGACAGACUGGUUUGAUCAGAGCUACCCAAUACCUGGAAAAGAUGGUGGAGACUUUGAGACCUAUGACAACAUCCAGGCUGCAGGGGAAACCAUCUGUGAGAAGCCUCGGGAAAUCCAGUGCCGAGCAGAGAACUACAUGGACACGCCCAUCGACCAGGUGGGACAAGUGGUUGAAUGUAAUGUGGACAUUGGUCUAGUCUGCAGGAACCAGGACCAGGCUGGAAGGUUUAAAGUAUGCUUUAAUUACCAUAUCAGGGUGCUCUGCUGUGACUACACUCACUGCUCAACAACAACCAGACCGACAAGCACACCUUACACUGGUGCUCUGUCUACGGUGGAAACCCACCCUGGCAGUACCCCCAUGCUGUCAACCCUCAUCACCACCUCCAGCAUCACUCCCACAGGCAGUAGGACACCCAACACUCAGUGUGCGCCUCAGUGUCAUUGGACAGAGUGGUUUGACACUGACAAACCCAGAGCAGGCAGAUAUGGAGGAGAUAUUGAGACUUAUUACAGUAUCAUGGAUGCUGGGGGCAAGAUCUGUCUGGAGCCCAGAGCCAUCGAGUGCCAGUCAUCGCUCUACCCAGACUUACCUCUUGACCAGCUGAAGCAGGUGCUGUGGUGCCACGUGGAUUCCCUGUGGGACAGCUCCAUCUCCAACAGCACAGCUUCCACAGCUUUCUGGACAGCGUCCUCUACCAGCGUCACAACCAUGUCUGCCAGCUCCAGAUCCUUGAGCACCUCCCCUCAGACCUCAGGUCUGAAGAUGAGAGGUACCAAGGCAACACAGGGCAAGACAGAGAAAGUUACCAGCUCAGUGCCACUGACCUCUCUGCAAUCCACACCUGCCAUCACAUCACCCGCUGGCCCAUCAGCACCAGCCACUACAGCAACCUCCUCUCUGGAGUCUACCACAGCAAGGCCAAACACCCUCCCAACCUCUGGGGCUACUAAAGUCACCAAGGUGCCAAAGACAGCUCCCAGGUCUCUGAGCACAAGCUCAUCAUUUGGAACCACCUCCACUAGCCAAACAACAGCUUUCAGCCCUAUUACUUCAGGCACAACCACUGCCACAUCAGCCACAGAGUGCCAGCCUAGGUGUGUGUGGACAGACUGGUUUGACCAGAGCUACCCAAUACCUGGAAAAGAUGGUGGAGACUUUGAGACCUAUGACAACAUCCAGGCUGCAGGGGAAACCAUCUGUGAGAAGCCUCGGGAAAUCCAGUGCCGAGCAGAGAACUACAUGGACACGCCCAUCGACCAGGUGGGACAAGUGGUUGAAUGUAAUGUGGACAUUGGUCUAGUCUGCAGGAACCAGGACCAGGCUGGAAGGUUUAAAGUAUGCUUCAAUUACCAUAUCAGGGUCCUCUGCUGUGACUACACUCACUGCUCAACAACAACCAGACCGACAAGCACACCUUACACUGGUGCUCUGUCUACGGUGGAAACCCACCCUGGCAGUACCCCCAUGCUGUCAACCCUCAUCACCACCUCCAGCAUCACUCCCACAGGCAGUAGGACACCCAACACUCAGUGUGCGCCUCAGUGUCAUUGGACAGAGUGGUUUGACACUGACAAACCCAGAGCAGGCAGAUAUGGAGGAGAUAUUGAGACUUAUUACAGUAUCAUGGAUGCUGGGGGCAAGAUCUGUCUGGAGCCCAGAGCCAUCGAGUGCCAGUCAUCGCUCUACCCAGACUUACCUCUUGACCAGCUGAAGCAGGUGCUGUGGUGCCACGUGGAUUUUGGCUUGAUCUGCAGAAAUAGUCAUCAGAAGGCUCCUGAGACAAUGUGCCUCAAUUACCAAAUCCGGGUGCUCUGCUGUGAUGACUACAGCCCCUGUGGGACAGCUCCAUCUCCAACAAGCACAGCUUCCAUGGAAUCAGCUUUCUGGACAGCGUCCUCUACCAGCGUCACAACCAUGUCUGCCAGCUCCAGAUCCUUGAGCACCUCCCCUCAGACCUCAGGUCUGAAGACGAGAGGUACCAAGGCAACACAGGGCAAGACAGAGAAAGUUACCAGCUCAGUGCCACUGACCUCUCUGCAAUCCACACUUGCCAUCACAUCACCCGCUGGCCCAUCAGCACCAGCCACUACAGCAACCUCCUCUCUGGAGUCUACCACAGCAAGGCCAAACACCCUCCCAACCUCUGGGGCUACUAAAGUCACCAAGGUGCCAAAGACAGCUCCCAGGUCUCUGAGCACAAGCUCAUCAUUUGGAACCACCUCCACUAGCCAAACAACAGCUUUCAGCCCUAUUACUUCAGGCACAACCACUGCCACAUCAGCCACAGAGUGCCAGCCUAGGUGUGUGUGGACAGACUGGUUUGAUCAGAGCUACCCAAUACCUGGAAAAGAUGGUGGAGACUUUGAGACCUAUGACAACAUCCAGGCUGCAGGGGAAACCAUCUGUGAGAAGCCUCGGGAAGUCCAGUGCCGAGCAGAGAACUACAUGGAUGUGCCCAUCGACCAGGUGGGACAAGUGGUUGAAUGUAAUGUGGACAUUGGUCUAGUCUGCAGGAACCAGGACCAGGCUGGACCCAUAAAAUACUGCUUGAACUAUCACAUCAGGGUGCUCUGCUGUGAUGACUACAGCCCCUGUGUAGCUCCAACCUCAAGCUCCUCUGCCUCUGUGCCUUCCCAUUCAAGGACUCCACCUGUGAGCUCACCCACUUUGCAGACAUCCACCAUCUUUACAUUUUCCACUUCUGUAUCCAUCCCUCCUGUGUCACAGACAUCGCCAGUACCCUCCACCUUAACAACACCAUGCUUCUGCUUUGUGGCCGGAGACCUGUUUUCUCCUGGUGAUGUUAUCUACAACAAGACAGACAAAGCUGGGUGUAGUUUUUUUGCCAUUUGCAACCAACAAUGUGAAAUAAAAAGAUUUCAUGGGCCAUGUCCAACUCCAACAUCAUCUGUACCCUCAUCAACUGUCCCACAAACCACUCCUCCUCCAGGUUGCUAUGAUGUCUUUCCACCAAGACAGCCUGGAGAGCAAUGGACCAGUAAUUGCCAAGACUGCAUCUGUGACAACAGCUCACUCACAGCACAGUGUAGACCUGUUCAGUGCCUGGAACCCACAGCACCCCCCAAGUGCCAAAAGGAGGGCUUUGUCAUUGUCUACAAGCCUCAGGCAGAGGAUUCGUGCUGCAAGGAGCCACACUGCGUCUGCAACAAGUCCAGCUGCCCUCAAGAUCGACCGAGCUGUAAGCCACAAGAGGAGCCGUUUAGCAUCCUGCCUACAGACAGCUGCUGUCCUGUCUUUGGGUGCAAAGAGAGAAUGUGUGAGCAAAAUGGGACCACCUAUGGGAUUGGGUCAACUGUGCCAUCAGACCAGCCCUGCCAUACCUGUACCUGUCGCGUCGAGGUGAACCCAGAAACCAACAGCACAGUGUGGUGUGAGGCUAAGCAUUGCUCCAUCUCCUGUGCCCCGGACCAGGAGUACAAGGUCCUACCAGGGCAGUGCUGUGGGCAGUGUGUACCAACAACCUGCCUCACCCCAGAUGGAAAGCGGAUUAAGUUCAAUGAGACCUGGGUCAACACCACUGCAGACAACUGCACAGAAUACCACUGUGACAAAGUGACCGGACAGACCAUCCUGUCUCAGAGACCAACUGAGUGCCCAGACAUGCCAUCGUGCAAGGGAGUCCUCAGGAGAGCCGGCUGCUGCUAUGAAUGCCAGGAGGUUGAGGAGGAUUGUCAGGUUCAGUCCAACGAAACACUUCUCCAGUAUGAGGGCUGUGUGUCGGAGACAGCUGUCAAUGUCACCUUCUGUGCGGGGUCCUGCAACUCCAUGUCCAUGUAUUCUCUGGGGGCUAAUGAGAUUCAGAGGAAAUGCACCUGCUGCCAAGAGACCCAGGUACACCAGGAAGAGGUGAAGAUGAAGUGUCCCGAUGGCAGGGAGGUCCAGCGUGUCUACACACAGGUGGACGCCUGCAGCUGCGUGUCUGCCUGCCUGUCCUCCCGCUCUGAUGUCAUCCCCCAUUAGACAAGCCUAGUGCCUCCAGGAGAGAACCCUCCAGCCUUCUUCUCAGAAUCUUGGGAGGAGUCCUCACCAUGCUGGAGGGGGAUGGAGAGAGGGCACUGACUCUGAAUCAGGGCCCAGCGUGGAAAGAGACUCUUUCCUAAGCCCAGGAAACUGUCUGCUUUCUUUGCCUGCUUGCUCUGCAACAGUCUCUCCAGCAGCCCCAGACUCUUCCUGAGCCCUCCAUAGGUCAGAGGUCAGUAGGAAGGGAAGGCUUGAGAGUCCUGAGGUACUUCCCUGACUGGCUAAGCACCUUGUGGAGAGGGUCUGGUGGAUACAAUGAGGCUCCACGUUCCUGUCCCAAAGAGAGACUAGGGGCUCCUAAGCUAAUAGAUAGAGACUGCAUGCUCCUUGAGAGCAAGGACUGUCUUUUACCCUUCUUUGUAUCCCCAGUGAUUAGCACGUUGCCGGGAAUGUUGAA